CGAAUGUCAAUCCGAUCCAUUUAGUUGCUGUUUUGUUUACACGCUGAGCAAACCGCUUCUCAGGGAUAUUCUAGACGCUCCGUUCUAAUGUUUUUUGUCCGCCCGCACAUCUAUGAUCUCCGCUGAGUUCUAAGUGUCCGAAUCACACCUUCGCAGAGACGACAUUCUGCGAAUGAUCUCGAGAAGCUUCUUCGCCGGUGACAGCCGGACGCAGGUGCUAUGCCACGACACUGGAGCCGGGCAACUUGCGCCGGUCAUUUUGUACUGCACCGCUCCGACGCUGUCCUUCCUGCACGGCCCACCGGUCGCCUUUGGGUCGGAGUCUGAGGAGAUGCCGUCUGCUCCGGUAGCCGAGAGCUUCGUCCCCGGGCCCCAAGGCAGCCUGCUCAUGUCGGCACUGCUUUUGGGCAGCCACCAGCAGUGUCCAGUGAAAGAAGAGCCGGAGGCACCUCCACUCGCUCUGCCUGUCGCUUCGACCGGCGUGGGAUUGCAGUUCGAUGACUACAGCAGCCCGCCGUCCUCUCCGGAGGAACCCAAGGUGUGCCCGCAGGACGGUCCCCCAGUCAAGGAAGAGCCGGUCGAGACAUCCUCCGACCCCCUGAAGAACGAGGGCACCAGUCACAGUCCAUCGCCUGAGCUGCCCUCCAAACACGGACAGAGCACGUGCCAAGAAAAGGACGACAGGCUCCAGUGCCGCUUCUGUUCAUACUCAACCCGCUACAAGACCAACAUUACGACGCACGAGAUGAUGCACACCGAGGUGAAGCCCUUCCAUUGCCGCUUCUGCCGCCGCACGUUCCGCUGGAAGACCGAGCUCUCGAAGCACGAAAGAAUGCACACGGGCGACACGCCGUUUGCCUGCCAGACGUGCCACGUGGCAUUUGCGUUGCGGAGUUGCCUCACCGCCCACCAGAAGAUACACGCGCGGGAGAAGCGCUUCAGCUGCGAGGUCUGCCACGAGGCAUUCACCUUCAAGGCCGUCCUGCGGCUGCACAUGCGUAGCCACGUGUUCGAGCGGCGCUUCCGGUGUGGCCUGUGCGGGAGGCUGUUCAAGCAAAAGCGCUUCCUCACCAGCCACCUGAAGGCCCACACGGGGGAGCGGCCGUUCGCGUGCGGUGUCUGCGGGAAGGCCUUUCGGGAGGGCAAGCACGUGCGGACGCACCACAAGCGAGUGCACCUGGGCAUUAAGCCGCUGCAGUGCACCACCUGCCUGCGGGCGUUUGGGAACAGCUCGAACCUGGCAGACCACGUGAGGACACACACGGGCGAGCGCCCCUUCAAGUGUGAGAGCUGCGGGAGGGCGUUCACGCGCAAGUAUCACCUCACAUUCCACCGGAAGCGGAAGCAUGUGAUGGAAAGGCUCUCGGGCGUUGUGCACGGCCCGCUGCCAGAGGGGUGGAAGGCAGCGCAGGUGGAGUGCGCAUAAUAUAGACGUAACAUUCCCCGCACACUGCCGCUCCGGGGUUUUUUUGCUUAUGGCGAUGGACUUAGUGUUUUGUGACAGCUUCCAUUUUUUGCUUCUUGCGCUUUUUUAUUGCUGAGGUCGUUGACGACAUCUCUUUCGGGGCCACUGAAUGUUCCCAGGGUACUCCUAAAUUUCAUUUCAAAACAGCCUCGCAGUGCCAGGUAACGAUUUCAAAGUGGUUGCCUCGUGCAGUUAUGUCGAAUCGGGACAAGCAAUACUGGCAUGCUAGCCCGUCAGCAGGCUGACAAGCUGAUAUUUUUUUUGUGGACUAGAUUACGGUCUACUUGAUAUUGAAAGCCCUUGUGAAAACCAACAAGUUUAUUGCCUUUUUGCCGACCGUAUCUAGCCAAUCGUUCAGAUAUUCCCGCGUAAACAUUUGAAGUGUUUAAUGCUGUUUUUCUUCCUGCUCAAAGAUGGCUGACGAUCGCCAGUCAGAAAGGUUGCCACUCUGGUUCAAGCCAUCGCUUUAUUGUGCAGUGCUCUGGGACCAUUCUGUUUCUCUAUCGUUUGCCAAAGCGUGUAUUCAGAUGGCGUGCGGUGUUCUACCCUCCCAGGAAAUCAGCGUAUUUUACACGCAGCUGAAAUCCUGAUGCAAUUUAGGAAUUGUCUUGUUGUGUACCUUUGUCUAAGCACGAUCUUGGUGCUUUGCCCGUUUUGAAUACUGCAUCAUUUUCUUUUUAAAGCAUUUAAACUGAUUUUUUUAAUACCAGCCUUUUGUCCAUCUGAGCAUUUUCUGCUAAAUUUAGCUAAAAAAAUAAUGUCAUGGGACCUAACGUCACAUGACCUAUGUACCAAGUGGAGAAGUCGAAGUCACGUGACCCAUACAUCAAUUCAAUGUCCCUGCUAAAUUUAGCAGGAAAAAUAACCUCUUGUGACCUAAGCACCUGUUCAGUUUUCCCGAUAAAUUUAGCGGGAAAAUUGACAUCACGUGACCUAAACAUCAAUUCAGUUUCGCUGCCAAGUUUAACACUAAAAAGUGAUGUCACGGGACCUAAACAACAAUACAACAAUCUAGUUUUUCUGCUAAAUUUAGCAGGAAAUAUGUCCCCAUGAUGCACCAAUUCCUUCUCUUUGCAUCCCCCCCUUUUCCUCUGCCCAUCCUUUCUUCCUUUUUCUCCCCAUCCUUCCUCUCCUACGGUGUCCUUUCCAUCCAUCCCUUUCCCUUGCUCACACUUCACCUACCUCCAAAUCCCUACCUCCCUCCCCAUCUCUUCCCCAUUGUCUGACGGUGCCCUUCCAGUCUUUUGUCAUGUGCCACAAAUUCAGUUUCCCCAUUCCUCUUUUCCCUCCCGAAUUCCUCCCCUCACCGCCCUAGUGUCCUCUCGCUUUCCAGUUGCCUCCCCACCCCUUUCAUGGUCACGUUACACCAAUUCAGUUUCCCUAAAAUUGAUAAAAAUGAAUGUUCUUCGGUACCGGAAUGACCGCAGAAUGUAUUUCGGACAAUUGAAGCAAUCACUCCUAAAUACCACAUUUGAUGCAUUAUAGAACUAAACGUCGCUGCCAAUUUUUAAUGUAUUAAAUUGUGCACCACGAAAAUGGGCACAUGCCAUUACAUUGGUGGGUACUGUCAAUAAAGCUUUGAAAGAGUAA